AUGGGCUGCAGCCCUGGAUCGCGGCUACUCAGCCUUUGGUGGUGGUAUGUGGAGACGGAUUCCUUAGCAACUGAAAACGAGUUGAAGCGCCUUGGAGAGCAUAAGUAUUCAGCAGUUGACAAUAGCUGGCUGGAUGAGCUAUGCAUGAAGAGGUGGUGGGAAUAUGUGGUAACGUGGUGUCCGAUGUGGUUAGCACCGAAUUUAAUUACUCUUAUUGGUCUCAUUAUCAACUUAGUUACUGUUCUAGUUUUAUCGUCGUUUUCCUAUUCGGCUACUGAGCCAGCUCCAUCCUGGGCCUAUGCCCAGGCUGCUCUAGGACUAUUUCUUUAUCAAACGCUAGACGCUAUUGAUGGCAAGCAAGCACGGCGGACAGGCUCGAGCAGUCCACUGGGCGAGCUGUUCGAUCAUGGAUGUGAUAGUAUGACUCAAGUGUUUGUAACUUUGAAUAUCUGCUACGCGAUGUCGUUGGGAAAUAUGCCAAAUGGAGUGAUCUUCGUUUCAAUAGUCUCGGUGGUGAUGUUCUAUGCAGCUCACUGGUCCACCUAUUGCACUGGUCAAUUACGAUUCUCCAGGUUCGAUGUCACUGAGGCCCAGAUGUCUGUAAUUUUGGUACUCAUCACUACGAGCAUAUUUGGUAACUCGUUUUGGGAUAUCGGCUUGAUUGGCUCUUGGAAACUGCGGCAUUUGGUUUUCUUGUCGUCGAUGAUUGGAUCGGGAUACCAGAUUUUGGGAUACGUGAACGUCAUUAUCCACGGCGGUGUCGGCAAAAACGGUUCAACAAUAGCGGGUACAUCAGUGAUAUUUCCUCUUUUCCCUCUGCUAAUGGUAGUGGUUCCGUUCUGUAUGAUCUAUUCGCGUGCAGAGACUGCAGUUUAUGAUGAACAUAUCACACUGUUUAUGCUGUGCUUCGGCGCUGUUGGCGCAAAAGCAACGAAUCGCUUAGUUAUCGCUCAUAUGAGCAAAAGUGAGCUGCGACUAUGGGAUUGGAUCUACUUAGGUCCAUUACUGCUGAUGCUCAAUCAGUACUACAACACCGUCUUUGAUGAACUUCUACUGCUUCGAUUGGUUACGGUGUACUGCUAUUUUUCUUUACUGGUAUACUGUACGGUAGUCUGCCGCCAAUUUUGUGAAUUUUUCAACAUUUACUGUUUCACUCUAGGCGCUCGAAAUUCCAAUAAGAAAAAAACGUGA